AUGUCCACCAAGCGACGCGCAAACAAUGGCGGGGCGCCUGAGGGCCCCGUGAAAGAACAGAAACGGCGCAGGGUCUCGAUCUACGUCCCCGAAACCGAAGAGACACCCGAACGAAUUACACGGCAUGGUCUGGAGUUGCUGGAAAAGAUCAAAGUCGCAGUUGAUAAGUAUGGACGACCUGUGGCUACAGAGUUUCUUCAUCUUCCUGAUGCGAAGCAGUACCCGGAAUAUUACACUGCCGUCCGACUCCCGUUCGCUCUCGAUAUCAUCGAGAAAAAACUCAAGAACCACGAAUACACUCAAUUGACCUCUGUCGAAUCCGAUCUUCGGCGCAUGGUUACCAACGCAAAGUUCUACAACGAAAAGGGCUCCCAGCUCUUCUCCAACGCCGAACGAAUCCGCAAAAUCGUCGUCGCGGAGAUGCCAAAGGUGAACCCUGCGUACAAGGAUCCGAACUACUUGCCGUUUUCGACACCACUACCCGAUGAAGAUGAAGAUGUAGUUAUGCAGGAGGAUGCCCUGGCUGACGAAACGCCAGUGGAAGCGGUCAAGGCCGAGACGGAGCCGACAGUCACUAGAGAGGAACGCACAAGGUCUUCGAAACGAACAAGCACGCGCACGCCGACGGUGGAUCGGGAUCAGAAUCAAGCCGCGGAAGUGACAAAGGAUGAACCAGAGACUUCAGUUGCCGAGAGAUUCCAGGCAGCAUUGGAGGCAAUACUUAAUGAAGCUAUCCGGAUGCAAGAUGAGAACGGCGAGGAGGCAUUCGCACCGUUCAUUAAUCUCCCGGAUAAACAGCUGUAUAAGGAAUACUACGACGUAAUAGCACACCCUGUCUCGCUACGAGGCAUCCUGAAGGCCGUCCGUGGCACAGACAGGCGAAAAUCCACAUCUUCAAAAUCCAAGCCUCCAUCGCAAUUUAGGUCGUGGAGGUCGUUUGCAGACGAAGUGAGCUACCUAUGGCGCAACGCAAGGGAAUUCAACGAGGAUGAGAGUGACAUCGUGGCUACUGCAGGGGAACUGGAGAGAUUCUUCAAUGCUAAGAUAGCGGAAACUAGGAAAACGGUGCCCGCACCGGAGGAUGAGGGUGGAGCUGGCCCAAAGAUACGGCUUAAGCUCGGGGCUGUACCAACGCCGGAACCCUCAGUGACCACAUCCAAGCUGAAGUUGCGACUACCUGGCAGGCCUCAGGGAGAUGCUAACUCGCAUACGCCGAACAUACACGGCGUGAGGGUGGACGCUGAGGCUCUGAAGCGACAACAGGAUCUCGUCAAGGCCGGGACAAACGGAAUCGAGGUGCCGGCCCCGAGCCAGGCGACUGUACAGUCGACGCCAACGAGGACAUUACGGGAUCGAACGAACUCUGCACGUAUGUCUAUGGGUGCUGCUUCACCGGCUCCCGCUAGCAGUAACAUGAACGGUGUUGGUGCCGUCAGUGGGCCGUCAUUGAGGUCGCGGACACCACUUACACGGCGAGCAGAGGCAGAAUUGGAGCGGGAAUCAGCACCGUUAUCAGACACGAUGAAGCCUUCGCCUGCUCUGCAGGAUAGCCAUACCCCUGGCCCCAUGCUUGGUGCAGACCUACCGGCAAAGAGUGCAAGCAUGGCCAACAUGCCUCUUUCGCACGCUGACUGGGAGAAGCUAUCCCAGGCGCGGAAUAAAGCAUACGGCAACGGCUUGAUAGCUCAAGUCUCCAUAUCUUCUCAUCCGUCACUUGCCCUUCGCCAGCCCUACCACAUCUCUCUCCCCUGCACCCCUAUACACCCCGCGCAGCCCAUAAGCGUGACGUUACCUUCAUGCAUGAACUUCAUCAACUUCAGUCCUACCAUCGCCUCGACUUCUCAGCGGCGCCCGACACAGCACUAUGUUACUGUGUGUGACCAGAAGAACCCUACUCCGCCAACCAGCACGGUCCUGCAGGCCGUAGACUAUACGCGCAUGUCUGUUGAAUCUUACGAUGGUGCUAUCGGCAUCGAUCUUGGCACGACCUAUUCUUGCGUUGCCAACUAUGAGGGCGCAAAUGUUGAGAUCAUUGCCAACGAGCAGGGAAGCUUCACUACGCCAUCCUUCGUCUCUUUCACCGACGAGGAGCGUCUGAUCGGUGAGGCCGCUAAGAACCAGGCGGCUAUGAACCCAGAGAACACCGUCUUUGACAUCAAGCGUCUUAUCGGUCGACGAUUCGAGGACCCCGUUGUCAAGAAGGAUGUCGAGUCCUGGCCAUUCAAGGUCAUCGACCAGGGCGGCAACCCAGUUGUCCAGGUCCAAUACCUCAACGAGACCAAGGUCUUCUCCCCACAGGAGAUAUCCUCCAUGGUCCUCAUGAAGAUGAAAGAAGUUGCCGAGACCAAGCUCGGAAAGACUGUCUCCAAGGCCGUCAUCACCGUCCCAGCCUACUUCAACGACAACCAGCGACAAGCCACCAAGGAUGCUGGUGCCAUUGCUGGCCUCAACGUUCUCCGUAUCAUCAACGAGCCCACUGCUGCCGCUAUCGCCUACGGUCUCGGCUCCGGAAAGUCUGAGAAGGAGCGUAACGUCCUCAUCUACGAUCUCGGUGGUGGUACUUUCGAUGUCUCCCUCCUUAACAUCCAGGGCGGCGUCUUCACCGUCAAGGCCACCGCUGGUGACACCCAUCUUGGUGGUCAGGAUUUCGACACCAACCUCCUCGACCACUUCAAGAAGGAGUUCACCCGCAAGACCAAGAAGGAUCUCUCCGGCGAUGCCAGAGCUCUCCGAAGACUCCGCACUGCUUGCGAGCGUGCUAAGCGUACUUUGUCCAGCGCUACUCAGACCACUGUCGAAAUUGACUCGCUCUUCGAUGGCGAGGACUUCAACGCCCAGAUCACCCGUGCUCGUUUCGAGGACUUGAACGCCAAGAUCUUCGCUGCCACUCUCGAGCCUGUCCAGCAGGUUCUCAAGGAUGCUGCCAUUGACAAGAGCAAGGUCGACGAGAUCGUCCUUGUUGGUGGUUCCACUCGUAUCCCUCGUGUUCAGAAGCUCCUGAGCGAUGCUUUCGAUGGCAAGAAGCUUGAGAAGGGUAUCAACCCCGAUGAGGCCGUUGCCUACGGUGCCGCCGUCCAGGCCGGUAUCCUCUCCGGAAAGGCCACUUCCGCUGAAACCAGCGACCUCCUCCUUUUGGAUGUCGUCCCUCUCUCUCUCGGUGUUGCCAUGGAGGGUAACAUCUUCGCCCCAGUCGUCCCCCGUGGCCAGACUGUCCCAACCAUCAAGAAGCGUACCUUCACCACUGUCGUCGACAACCAGCAGACCGUCCAGUUCCCAGUCUACCAGGGUGAGCGUACCAACUGCGAGGACAACACCUCUCUCGGAGAGUUCACCUUGUCCCCCAUCCCACCAAUGAAGGCUGGUGAUGCCGCCCUCGAGGUCGUCUUCGAGGUCGAUGUCAACGGUAUCCUGAAGGUUACUGCCACCGAGAAGUCCUCUGGCCGUAGCUCCAACAUCACCAUCUCCAACGCCGUCGGAAAGCUUUCCAGCACCGAGAUCGAGGAGAUGAUCAACGACGCCGCCAAGUUCAAGUCCUCCGACGAGGCUUUCAGCCAACGUUUCGAGGCCCGCCAGCAGCUCGAGUCCUACAUCUCCCGUGUUGAGGAGAUCAUCACCGACCCCGGCAUGUCCCUCAAGAUCAAGCGUGGCAACAAGGACAAGAUCGAGUCUGCUCUCAGCGACGCCAUGGCCCAACUCGAGGUCGAGGACUCCUCCCCCGAGGACCUCAAGAAGAAAGAGCUCGCUUUGAAGAGACUUAUCACAAAGGCCAUGUCCACCCGAUAA